AUGGUGGUUUACUCACGUGCUCUAGUUUGCAAGAGAGUACAUACAGACACCUUAGAAAGAUAUGGUGCCAAUGCCAUUAUAUCCAAACUUCAAUCUACCAGUAAUCAAGAGAGGGUUGAUGAACCAACUAUUUUAAUUGCAGCGGACACAGCAGAAGCCAUCUUGCAAAGGCUCCCUGUUGAUGACUACUUAAAGGAUGCUGAGGCAACGUUAUUAAUUACCUCUGACCAAGUGGUGGUGUACGAAAGUGUGAUUAGGGAAAAGCCAUCUAGCAAAGAAGAAGCUCGACAAUUCUUGAAAGAUUAUUCUGGAAGGCGUGCUGCAACUGUGGGAUCUGUACUAGUUACUAACCUCAAAACAGGAGUCAGAAAAGGAGAUUCAGAUCGUGUGGAGAUAUAUUUCAAUGAAAUACCCGAUGAAAUCAUUGAGAAGCUGGUUGACGAAGGAAUUACUCUCAAUGUUGCUGGUGCGCUGAUAAUAGAGCAUCCUUCAAUAUUGCCGUUUGUCAAAGAAGUAGGAACAACCGACAGUGUGAUGGGACUCCCCAAAAGUCUGACUGAAAAACUGUUGAAGGAGGCUCUGUAG